AGCACAAUUGCUCUGAUGUCCACUGCCGCUUCCACCUCAACCCUAACAUUUUGCCUCUUCCACCACCGUCUCCCCCAUUGCCCUUUGCUCCGAGUGCUCUGCUUUGCUCCGCUCUGCUGUUGCCUUUUGGCCUUUGGGGGAACUUACAGCUUGCUAGUUGCCUCUGGUGGAUUUCAAUCUUUUUCUUUGCUUCUCCUUUCUGGUGGCUUCAAGGAUAAGCGAUUUGGAUCUUGGGCUUCUGGUUUUCUCACAGCCAUUAGCUUUAGCAGCGUCUCAUAUCCCUCUGGCAUGGUGAAAUUUGGUUUUGUCUUCUUAAUUUCGAGUGACAAAUAUGGGAAGCUACUUUUUGUAACAAUUUCACUCUGACUUGGAUGCAAAUGAGAUAUGAUACUGAAUAAUGUUGUUUCUGUAUCAAGCUAUUCCAGGGCUCAGCAGACCACAGGGCCUGUGUGAACUAGGUGUUACCUUUAUGUUAUGUAUGCCAGCAGGCUUUGUAAACUCGUAUGGAAUUGGGAUAAUAUGUCAUUAUGAUGCUGUCUCGUGUGUAAAUGGAAGAGACAAUUAAUAAUAAUAAUAAUAAAAUGUUGCUCUGUGCCUUUUUUAUUCUAA